UUCCGAACACAUUUAAUCGGCAAAUGAUGUUAAUUGACUGAAGUGUUCUCAUUAGUGUCGUGUGUGUGCCUCGCAAAUUAAAUUAAAAAAGUUCUCCAAAGGAGUCGGACGGCGAAAAUUUUCUCAUCAAUUGAAAGGAAAAACCGUCACCGUGUGAUCGACCCUAAUAAAAUUAAUCAACCAAUCAUCACGAAAACGCAGGGAGGGUACAUUGUGUUCAGCAACACGAUGAGACGAAAAUAUUUGGGAUUAAUUUCUAUUCUUUUGUUAUUGAAUUUUGCUAUUUGCACUGAGCAAGAGUUUGACGAUGGAGUCUCAGUUGAUUCUGAAGAAAAUCAGGAUGACGAUGUUGCUACUGUUGAGACUGUAGAUGAAGAAAUCGUUUAUGAAAGUCCAAAAUACGAUGCCAGUAAAUUCUAUUUCGUUGAUCAUUUUGAUGAUACCGAAAAAUCAGAAAAAUCCUGGACUCGCUCUCAAGCCAAGAAGGAUGAUAUUGCUGAAGAAAUAGCCAAAUACGAUGGCAUAUGGAAAUUCGAAUCACCUCAAAGAAUCGUUUGGAAGAACGAUAUUGGACUUGUUCUCAAAUCAAAAGCUAAACAUGCUGCAAUCUCAUCGCCUUUAAGUAAACCCUUCAAGUUUGAAGAUAAACCCUUAGUAGUACAAUAUGAAGUUACAAUGCAGGAGGGUCAAGAAUGCGGUGGUUCAUACAUUAAGCUAUUAUCUGCCGGCAAGAAUUCCGAAGAUCUUAAAAAGUUCAAUGACAAGACCCCAUACACUAUCAUGUUCGGACCAGACAAGUGUGGGAAUGACAUCAAAUUGCAUUUCAUUUUCCGCCACGUAAAUCCAAUUAAUGGUUCCAUAGAAGAGAAACACUGCCGCAAACCCAGGGAACGCUUAGAGGAGCCUUUCAAAGAUAAACUACCACAUUUGUACAAAUUAGUUGUGAAGCCGGACAAUACAUUCCAGAUAAGCGUUGACCAUAAAGUUAUUAACGAAGGCUCACUACUUAGCGACUUCAAUCCAGCUGUUAAUCCACCAAGAGAAAUCGAUGACCCAUCAGAUCAAAAACCAGACGGAUGGGAUGAACGUGAAAAGAUUCCUGAUCCAGAUGCAGAAAAACCAAUUGAUUGGGAUGAAGACGCACCACCACAAAUUCCUGAUCCAUCAGCAGCUAAACCCGACGGUUGGUUGGAUGAUGAACCAGAAAUGAUUCCCGACACAAAUGCAGUUAAGCCUGAAGACUGGGAUACAGAAAUCGAUGGUGAAUGGGAAGCACCGCUAGUGGAUAAUCCUGUGUGCGAGAAGGCUGUCGGAUGUGGACCAUGGAAAGCACCUCUUGUUCAAAAUAAGGAGUUCAAGGGCAAAUGGCGUGCACCUUUGAUUGACAAUCCAAACUACCAAGGCAAAUGGAGCCCACGUCUGAUUCCCAACCCUGAUUUCUUUGAAGAUCUCAAUCCAUUUGGAAUGACUCCAAUUUCUGCAGUAGGAAUUGAACUGUGGUCAAUGUCAAGUGAUAUCUUGUUCGACAACUUGAUCAUAACUGAUGACAUCGAAGUGGCAACUGAUUUUGCAUCAAAAACAUUCGACAUAAAGCGAAAGUACAUUGACAAAGAAUCGGAAACAUUUUUGAACAAAAUGCUGCAGUAUCUGUAUGAGAAUCCUUGGCUUUGGCAAAUAAGUAUAGUUUUGUUAGGAACACCGCUAGUAUUUUCCUUGUAUCGCCUCAUUAGUGGCUCGAAAAAGAAGGAGUCUUCAGGAGAAAAGAAAAAAACCGAUGAAGUGACUCCAGAUGAUGAGGAAACAAAAGAAACUCCCCAAGCUGAUAAUAGCAAGAAACCAUCUAGUCCCAAAGUGAAGAAGGCUGAUUUAGAAGUUAAGAACACACCAGAACCAACACCGCCUAAUAGUGCGGUCAGUAGUGAAGAAGAAGAACAAGAGGAGCUAGUUGUAGAGAGAGAAGAGGAAGCUGGGAAACCAAGUUCCGAAGCUGCCGAAGAGACUGAAGAACGAACAACGCCACCAGCCGCUGAAGGUACUCGAAAGCGCAGGCCACGCAAAGAUUAGCAAACUUAAUUUCCAUUUGUUUCUCUAUAAAUUUUUUUUUAAAUAAGGAUCUAUUUAAAUAAUAUGAAUUUCAAAAACAAACAAAACAAAAAAAAAACUAUUGAUAGAUAUUUAUAUUGAAUAAAUUGGUACAUUUUGUUUAAAUGGGUGAAAAACAAAAGUUGCGGGGGAAAACUAGGUUCAUACUAAUUAAACGACAGUGUCGCCGCUUAGUAUUUACUAUACUAUAGACAACUUUAUGAGAAUGUAUUGAUUUUAUAAUUUAAUAAUUUAAUUUCAUUAAAAUGCAGCAAUUUAGUGUUAGUUUAAUUGUUUAUUUUUUCCAAUAGAAUGCUAAACAAAUAAAUUAAUAAAAACAGAAAAUAAUAAAAACACCACCAAAUAAAAAUUAAA